CAUUUAUUUUUCCAUCUCAAUUCUCAACCCGAAAGUCUGACGUCACGAAAAGAUCAUCAACAAAGUUGAGAAUUUGGUGAGAGAGACUUGACUUUCAGACGAUCAUUUACAAAAUUGUGACCUUGAUGGUCAACCAAGAGAAGUCCCGAUGAUAGACUAAGGAUUAAUCUCCGCAUCUGGGCAGUCAAUUUGAGAAGCUGUUGACAAAACAAUAGCUUAUAGCCCGGGAAUGUUCAACAAUAUUGGUUAAGGACCGCCAUCUUGGACUUCUAACUCUGCGAGUAACGACUCUAAGCAGUUCGUGUUUUUCAGACGGCCUAGUCGUUAUGGAAAGCAAUGUCAACUUGCAGAGUCUCGAUCCACGAAAGCAAGAGUUACUAGAGGCGCGGUUUCUUGGCAGUAGGUUUCAGCCAUUAAAUGUUUCCUCGAACCCCCAAGAUAACAGUAACCUCAGUGUGGGGUCAAAUGCUGGGGACGAUGAGGCACACUUGGUAUUAACGCCUGAGAAGCAACCGAGAACUCCGUCAGAGAGAAAACGAAAGAGAAAGGCAACAGCUAGUGAUAGUACUGAGAGUACGACUCCAAAGUCCACGAGGCCUGAAGCCAACGGGAAGAAGAUCAAUGAUUACUUUAAGCAAAACCAAUCCCCCAGUAGAGGGUCAAUGAAUACACACCUAGGAACCAAAUCCCCGUCCCCACAGGGCAUUCCAUAUGGUUAUACAGUUCCCUCCCCAGGUAGUGUCAGUAACUCGGACAGCAUGGGGUAUCCUCCACAGCGAUCACUUUACCAGUACCACAAGGCCGUGCAGACCGAUGUCGAAUACGUCAACAGUGGGGAACAGAAAGACAAUCGCAUGGAAGACUUGAUACGGCAAAAUGAAGAACUUCGGAGGCAAGUGACCACUCAGCAGUCCCAAUUAACUGCUCAACAGAAACUUAUAGAGAAAAACAAAGAUACCGCCCAGAAAUGUCUCCAAGUCAACAAGUCUCUACUAAUAGAAAAGAGCAAGUUGGAAAAAAAGACGACACGGCAGAAGUCGAUGGGAAAUCGGUUACGGCUUGGGCAGUUUGUGACCCAGCGGCAGGGGGCUACGUUUGUCGAGAACUGGGUGGAUGGAUGGGCAUUCACGGACCUUAUGAAGCAACAAGAGAGAAUUGCACAGGAGAGGGAAGAUAUCGAGAAACAACGUAAACUUCUAGUCAAGAAAAAACCCAACACUGCAGUCACAAAGAAUUCCAAAAAUGACAACUUUCUGAAACCAGGUGGAGAGAAACCUCUGACAUUAGCAGAGUUUUAUGAACAAGAUGAAAUCCUCAAAUUACGACAGGCUAGUCUGAAAAAGGAGGACGCUGAUAUUCAACUUGAGUUGGAGAAAUUAGAACGUGAGAGGAAUCUCCACAUACGAGAGCUCAAACGGAUUCAUAACGAGGACAAUUCUAGGUUUAAGGACCAUCCAACUCUCAAUGAACGAUAUUUAUUGUUAAAUUUACUCGGUAAAGGCGGAUUUAGUGAGGUCCACAAAGGCUUUGACCUGAAAGAUCAAAGAUAUGUGGCAUGUAAAAUUCACCAGUUAAACAGGGAGUGGAAAGAUGAUAAAAAAGCUAAUUAUAUUAAACAUGCACUAAGGGAGUACAAUAUUCACAAAACUCUGGAUCAUCCGAGGAUAGUACGACUGUAUGAUGUGUUUGAAAUUGACAAUAAUUCAUUCUGCACAGUGUUAGAGUAUUGUGAAGGAAACGACCUUGACUUCUACCUGAAGCAGAACAAAUCCAUUCCAGAAAAGGAAGCGCGCUCGAUUAUCUCGCAGACGGUCAGCGCUCUCAGAUAUCUCAAUGAAAUCAAGCCACCUGUGAUUCACUAUGACCUCAAACCAGGGAAUAUAUUACUGGGCAGUGGGUCUGUCAGUGGGGAAAUCAAGAUAACCGAUUUUGGCCUCAGUAAGAUCAUGGAUGAGGAAAAUAUCACUCCUGAUGGCAUGGAUCUCACUUCUCAAGGAGCGGGGACAUACUGGUAUUUACCACCAGAGUGCUUUGUGGUGGGGAAGAAUCCCCCCAAAAUUUCUUCCAAGGUGGAUGUGUGGUCAGUAGGGGUGAUAUUUUACCAGUGUCUGUAUGGCAAAAAGCCCUUUGGACACAAUUUAUCUCAAGCUGCCAUUUUAGAAGAAAACACAAUAUUGAAGGCUACAGAGGUGGAAUUCCCUUCUAAGCCACCAGUCAAUAGUGAGGCCAAGAAUUUCAUUCGUCAGUGCUUACAGUACAAAAAAGAAAUGAGGCCCGAUGUGUUACUUUUGUCACAACACGAAUACCUAAAACCGACACAACUCAAGUCAAAAGGGCAUAUGAGUGACUCUUCACUAUUGGCUCCAAGUCCGGGACCACCCUCCAUCGGUACACACGCACUAACUCUAAGCCAGUCGCCCUCCUUUACGUUUGGCGAGAAACUAUGAUAAUCAAUUUAGUGUGAUAUUUUUUUUAAUUUCACUUUGUCCUCUCCAUCCGUAGCAAGACGGGGGAAAGAAUUUCUACCAGUGUUUAGGUAGGAUCAAAAUUCCGCCGGGGAAUAGAGCUUUUUGAGGGGAAAACAUUUAUGUUUUCUCAAGCUGGAAGUGUUUGAUGAAAUGACUUGUCGAAUUUUUUAUGUGAUCAAGUUUUCAUCAUUGGAUGGUGGGGGUCCAUUUCCUCAAACUUCAAAAAACUUUUUGAGGAAUCAAAGUUGUGAAUAGUGAGUUAAUUGUACAUAAAUUAUUGAAAAUAAUUCCCAACACUGAUGCUUCUCGUGUACAAUGCAGAAUUACAAAACUUCAUAUUUGUUUUACUAGGUGUUAAAAACAAACAUUCUUGUUAUUUUUUACUUGCCAAAUAUGUGAUUCAGUGAUGGAAGUGUGAAUGUUACCAUGGCAAUGAAGACGUUUUCCUUGGCAACCAGCAUGAAAAGUUUUCUUUGUGAGUUCUGGAAUACGGUGCAAAAAUUCUGGGAUAUGUGUACCUGGCAGUGUGGAAAAAAUCAGUGAUGUAAUAUUUAUAAAUAACCGCAUGUUUUCCCCACUGCAAACUUCAGAAUUCUAUCAGACGAAGGAAAUUUCACAGAAAAUUUCACAACAGUAGACUGGAUAUCCAAUUCAUUGUCAAACAGAUCAACCAGACUAUAUUCAUCAACAUUUAAUUCAGCUGUUGUAAACUAUGACUCAGCAUAUUUGAAUGGAAUUUAGAAAUUCUUCACCUUUAGUAACCAGUGUUUGAUAAUUAGGCUGUGAUAAGCUAUUGAUUGGUGAAAAAUGUUUGUUCAAUUUGAUUUUUUUUUCAUCCAAAGACACAGCAACAAGUAUUCAUCUUUUUAUUUUAUCUAUAAACAUGUUAGAUUACCUGAUACUGAAAAGAAUAUUACUGAAAACUUUAAUAAUGUAUUUAUAUUUAGAAACCUUUUUUUAUGUAUUGUCAUUGAAUUUCAGUUUUGUGUUAAUACAUCUUCAACGUUCAUUCAUGAUGAGUUAAAAAAAAUUUAACAGAGAAAUAUAUAGAAAUACAUGAUAGAAUAGCCUCGUAGAUUUGUUUAAAAUAAAAAUUAUUGGUUAAAAAAAUCAAUUUUGAACAAACAGUAGAGAGUAGAAAAUCCAAGUCGUAAUAGUGCUAAAUUUGAGCCCAGAACAGAGAACCUUGGCGUAGUCUAUGAUCAGCAUAAUCACUGGAUAGAUGUGAUAUCUAGAAAGGGGUGUCCCACCCAGAAUCAUAGGAAAUUAAUUAAUGAGGAUUGAAUUAAUGGAUAUAUUUAACCUUUGAUUCCAUUUUGAAUGUGAUUGAAAUAUUAAUGACCAAGCGACAAAGUGCAAGAAUGAAUAUUAUGUUCUGUUUGUUAAGUAAGAAAGUUUUAGAUCAAACAUGAGUGUGUGCUUCCAUAAUGGACAAACUGCGUUAAUAUUGUAUGAAUGUUUUUUGGGGGUUUUGAAUAGAAUUUAAGACAAUUGCUGAGUGUUCAAUCAUGAAAUUUUAAAAUGGCUGUCUCAUUUGGUGUUUUUUUUUUUGUUUUGUUUUUUUUUUGAUUUUGGUUUUUGUAUCCACUUCUACAAAUACAGAUUUUCCCGCUCUUCAAUACAUGAAUAAUUAUAUAUUGAUGAACAAAACAAAUAAGAUGAUAAUGUAUAUGAUGUAUUUGAAUACAAGAUGAUGAAUUUUGUAUCCCAUAAGACAUUUCUCAAUGUUCAGAACAAAGAACUUUUAUUUUCAAAAAAUCUUAAUUUUCCAAAAUCUUGAAAUAUAUGUACAAAAAAAUGUGUUCUAAAAAUAAAGGAAUCAAUAGCCUCACUUGCAUCUGGGCAAUACAUUGUUUGAAACUUCAAUCGGAAUUUGAUAAUGUUUUAAAAGAUUUUAUUUUUAAGAAUUAAAUCAUGAAUAAGAUAGGCAGAUUUUAAAACUGUUUUCCUUUUACUUUGUAAUGUUUAAUUUUAUGGGCCAUACUUAAGAUUAUAGUCCCUCAAAAACUCACAUUUGUUGUAUUUCAUGAUUAGUCAAAAAUAAUAAAAGAAUUAUAAUUUUCUCUCUCCAUAUUUCUUAAAGAUAUGAAGUAGUAAUCUCAUUUAAAAUAUUUUAAUUUUAUGGGUACGUAUGCUGUUAUUGUAGCUAAGUAGUUACCUCCCUUUAUAGUGCUAUUUCACAGUUUUUCAUACGGUCUGUUUUAAAUGUUUUGUUCAGAUGAAAUCUGAUGUACUAAUUUUUAAUUUUGAAUUGUGGUGCAAAAACUUUUUGCUAUUUUAAAAGUUUUUUAAAGCCUGAUGUGUUUUUAAGGAUGUUUGGACACUGAAUGACAGAAAAGCAAUAUUGAGAAACUCUCUGGUUACAAUUAAUAAAAAGAGGAAAAAUAAGUCUAAACUGCUGAUAAUUAUACGUAGGCACAAUACAAGCAUUUACUGAACGUGAAAAGUACAGAGAUUAACUCCCUUGUAUCUAAUUGGACAAUAAAAAUGAUUAGUAAGAUGUUAAUUUGUAGAUAGAUCAAAUUGAAAAAUACCAUUUCUGGUUGUUAAGGACGAUAUAGCAAGAAACCAUAUACCAAGAAUGACGAAAUAUUCUGUAUAAUUUGAAAAGUUUCACUUAAACUAUGAAUGUACAGUACCAACAAGUUCUUAAACAUCCAACAUUCCUGGAUUCAGUGAAUGCUUGACCUCAAAAAUAGAUGAAUUAACAUUGUGGUCCAUGCAUAAAUGUACUCCUUGGUCUAUACAUGGUAUUUGUAAUUUAAUUUUUUUUUUUUUUUUUUGAAUCUUGUUAAUUUUUCCUUCUGAUCUAUCAUUGGUAAAGGAAUAACAUUGAUCAUGUGUAUUAAUUCUUCCUCACACUUUGUAAGUUUUAUAUGGGCUCUGAUUUGUGUGCCAUUUUUACUUUGUUUCCAUUUUAUUGGUGUGUCUGAGUGAAAAUUUGUUCAUGUACAUAGUGAAUUAUGUAAGAUAGAGAAAAUGAGUUGUUCAUGUCCCCACAGAUAUGAUCAGAAAUAAAUAAUACAAACCAAUUCAUGAACUUCAAGUCAUAUUUCCAAAUUGAAUAAAAGUUCAAUGACAUAUGUUAGGAAUUUCAAUAUUCCAUUUAGAUAAACACUUUUAAUUUAAUAAUAUAGAACAUUUUGAUUUUCCCUUUCUUUUGUAAUUUUUUAGACCUGAAUUCAGUGAUAAUUUCUGAUUGAUAGAAUGGGGAUGUGGACCCGCUCUGCUCCGUGUACAAGCGUUAAUAAAUAUCAGUAUUGUCGCUGCUAAGGUCUUUCAAUGUUUUAGUAGGCACACAGUGUGUAAAGAGAGUGUUAUCUAUAAUUAUGGAUAAAUCCAGAGUGUGUCCGCAGAGAGUGUAUGAAUGGUUGCCAUGGUUAUGUCCUACACACGUGUAAUACACGUGUCACGGAAAAUAAAAAUUAUUUUUCAAAAAGUU